UCGCGAAUCAUGCGCCAAACAUCUUCCAGCCUGUAACCUAAUAGAUUGAUUACAUUUUCCAGAAUAGACGUCAUCUAAAUUAGAAAAAUUAGAAAACCUACGCCCAUUCUAUUAAACUAUUAAACUAUUAAAAUAUGGUCGAGGAACCACUCAUAGACGAAGAAUAUGCAUCUGAUGAAGAUUCCGAUUUCGCGCCCGAUGCAGCACCAUUAGAUAUCGACGCCGAGGCUUCAGAAUCUGAAGAUGAUGAAGUCCAACUAGUCGCGGUACCGAGUAAGAAGCGAGGCGCCGAUGCAGAUGCCGAUGCCGACGAUGGAUUUGAGAACUCGGGCGACGAAGCGAUAAUACAAAGGGGCAAGAAGAGACGAAAGAAAGAAAAGCGGAAGGAUGACAACGUCGAGGAUGAUGAAGGUGGCGAGGGUGGGCUAAUCAAGACCCGGAGUAUGCGAGCAGCGGAGAAGGUCGAAAAGAAGUCGCGCACAGCCACCGGCCCAGUAACGAUUGAUGUGGACGAUUUAUGGGCUAAAAUGACCGCCGCUCCCUUAAUACCAUCUAAAGCAGACAUAGAAACGGAAAAGGAACCCCAAAAGCCAGUUCAGGAACAGGGAUCGGAUGGACAAUCCAAACGUACAAAGGACAGACCACAAGCAGAGAAGCCAGGUGGAGAUGAGCUGGCAUCAAUGAUCAAGAUAAAGCGUACCUACAAUUUCGCUGGUAAGGUGCACGUCGAAGAAAAGCUGGUGCCUCGAGAUUCGGCGGAAGCGAAGUUAUACCUAGCAUCUCAAGAUCCCACGUCAGUCGAAGACGCCAAAGCCGAGGAUAGUCAGCCUAGACGGAAACCUCGAAAAGCCUUCCGAUCUAUAUUCGAGCCCGUCAUCGAAGGAUUUACACAGCGCGCAGACUUGAAUCUCGGCAUAGAUGCAAGAUUACAAUUGCGCGAACAGGCAAAGGCCAAGAAGCUUAACGUGGUCGAGAAGAGCCGCAUGGACUGGGCAGGAUUUGUCGAUAAGGAGGGUAUUAAAGACGAACUCGAAUUCGCUGGGAAGUCGAAAGAGUCUUACGUCAACCGACAAGACUUCUUGGCUCGUGUUGCGGCUAAUCGAGACGAAGAAGCAAGGAGGGCGAGAGUUGCCGGUCGUGCUUGAGAAACUUGAGGAAUGGGUUCAUCUCUUCACAUUACUUGGAGCAUGUAGCUCCAUUGCUUGGGCUGAGGAUACCGGGAAAUGUGAGGCUGGGUAAGGUGCAUAAGAGUCGUGUCGCUUUAACUAAGGGAACUAUUGUGUUAUAGUAGAAGGCCGGUGGCAGAAAAGACUAUUGGGUAAGGUAGCGAUAGUGCUCUGCCAA